UCGAUUUGUUUAUGGUUCGACUUUGACGAAAAAUAAACGUUUUGCAAAAUGUUUGAAAAUAAAAGCGAUAAACUACUGCUCGAAAUGGAGGAGGAUGACGCUGAUCCCGGCGAUCAGCAUCCCCGCUGCGACCAUGGACCCACGGUUUUAUUUUACCGGGAAUCCCAGCUUCCCGGGCAGGGAUACUACGCCUGCUCAGCUCACCGGGAAUCGAAACUUUGCAAUUUUCACCUGCCAGCGGAUCAAUGGAAGGGUCAUAGCUCGGGAAACUCAGUUCCUGAAAGGGACUAUCCCUCUUCAUCCGGAAAACCACUGAAUCCCGCUGCUCCUGAUCCCACAUUAAGUCUUACCGCGCUUUCCCAGGAUAAAGUCAAUGCCCAGUAUUUCUUCGAUGAAGCUGCUCUCAACUUCUUGGCUAAUCAGUGUAAAAAUAUAGGAGCCAGCAAGGUAAUCUGCUUGGGCGCACCACGUUUGCAUUUCCACCUCCGCCACAAACUGCAAAGUUUUCUUCUGGACCUCGAUGAGAGAUUUGCCGCUUAUCUAGGACCAGAGGAGUUCUGCCUCUACAACAUGUGCAAUAAUCACUUUUUCUACAACCGCAAGCCCUUUGAACAGUUCCUGGAGGCUACCAGUGCGGACCAAUUGCUGAUAGUAACAGAUCCUCCCUUUGGUUGUCGCACUGAACUAAUUUCCAACACGCUGCGCAGCCUGAGAAAACUCCACAACAGAAUCAACCAGUUGCCCUCCACUCCACUGUCCAUAUUCUUUAUAUUCCCCUACUAUUCUGCUAAUCACAUCAAGCAGGAAAUGCCGGAGAUGGAAAUGUGCGACUACAGGAUAAACUACACCAAUCACCUGAGAUACACGAAUGUAGGCAAGCAAAGUCGGUUUUGUGGAUCACCCGUGAGGAUGUUCACCAAUGUGCCUCUGAGAUUGCUUCACCUGCCCGCGGAAGAGGGCUAUAAGUACUGCCAAAAGUGUGAUUUACACACAGCCAAGGAGAACAUUCACUGCAAUCGCUGCGGGAAAUGCGCCUCGCUGAAUGGCCAGACAUAUAGGCACUGUGAGUACUGUGAUGCCUGCGUAAAACCCAACUAUGUGCACUGCAAAAAUUGCAGGAGAUGCACUCAAAGAGAGGGACACAACUGCUCCUUUUACCAAACCAAACAACACUGCUGGCUGUGCGGCGUACGGGGCCACAUUGAAACCAAUUGCCUUAAAUUCCGGAAAAGAAAGUUAAAGCACACCAACGGAUGUUUAUUGUGCGGUAAAAAAAAUCACCGGGAACGUAGAUGCACUCAACGAAAAAAGUACUUCAGGGAACUUCACUUUAUGGGUGACACAAGCAUCCAGUGUCUUUAGUACAUCGACUUUGUUACAGCACUGUUAAAACAAAUUUAUUUGUUUUGUACAAAAUGUAUUUGUGUUUAGCACUUGUUGAAUAGAUUUAUACACACCACCAAGUCCAUUGUAACACGCCCACCUCCAAACACAAACCAAAACAUUUGUUUAAUACAAAAUUUAUUUGUUCUUAA